GGGGGCGGGUGGGGCUUCUUGAUUCUCCGCGGCGGUACCGAGGUGCGAUGUCGUGGCCGGAGUCGCGGGCCGGCCCCGGCUCGCCGGACUGCCCUGACCUGAUGCUGCACGGUCAGACGCUGUGCUCGCCGCCCCCUCCGCCCUCUCCGCUCUCUCCGGUUUACCUCAGCUUCUUCGAGGAAGAGUGCCGCGCCAUCGCCGCCCGCCUGCGCCUCGGUGCAGAGCCCCCGCCGGGCUCGGAGGAGCUCAGCGCGCUGCAGCCGGAGCCCUCGACUGGCUUGGGGAAGCUCAGCGCGCUGCAGCCGGAGCCCUCGACUGGCUUGGGGGAGCUCAGCCCGCUGCAGCCGGAGCCCUCGACUGGCUUGGGGGAGCUCAGCGCGCUGCAGCCCGCGCCCGCGGGGCCCAUCACCUCCACGCCUCUGCCCGUCCCGAGCCACGGGCGGGUCCCGCAGUUGAGUGUGAGCGAUUGCGAGGCCGCUGCUGCCCCAAGCCCGACCCGAAGGGAGCCCGGGUGCCUCCCACAGCCCACUGCCGGCGGUGGCUCCGGCACCCGCCUCGCUCGUCCAUCCCAGCGGGCGCGGCACGCUGCCGGACGGCUCUCGGCCGGCCACCCCGGCAGCCCUGCCCGCACUCCGGGCCGCGGCCGCGGCAGGCUCGCUCUCGCCCGCACAAGGGCCUCGCUGGGGCUGCGGCUCCCCGCGGCCGGCACGGGGCGCGGCGCCUGGGAAACUCGGCUGCCAGGUAAGCCCCCAGGUACCAGGCUGAAGCUGACGUCGCCUGCCAGGUCCAGGCUUCAGCAUGUCAGCGGGGCUACGCAGCAGGCACAGCCUUCCACCCGUCCCAAACCUGCUCUCCGAGAGAUGAAAAGUAAUUCUGCACCUGCCAGUUGCCUUACGCGAGGCAGGGAAGCAUCUGCUGUCAAGGUUGGGAGUCGUAAACAGCCCCCCUCACGGCUAUCUACUGCAAUUCCUACUGUGGCUUCCCGCUCCUCACUGCGGCCUCCGGGCAAAGUGGCUUCAUCCAAGCGUUUCUGCCUCAGUAAUGAAUCAACUGCACAGGAGCUGGUGUGCAAUAGGACUCAAGAGCUGAAGGAGAAUGGUGAGAGCAAAGAAAGUUUGAUUGCAGCUGGGACUGUCUUGGGAGCAGGUAAGGCUAACCAGACCUGGGUGUGUGUGGAGUGCUCUUUGUCCUGUGGGUUGGCCCCUGGCCUGACUUCAAGGUGUGAAGAUGCAGUCUCUGCUAAGCAGUCUGCAGGUGAUCAACUGUCCCAGGAACUGGAGCGUGUGAAGAAAGAGCUGGAGCAAGUGAAGAAAGAGCUGGAGCAAGUGAAGGGCGAGCUUGCUGACAAGACUGCCCAGUGUGAAGCCUAUCAGCAGACAAUCAGCUUGCAGGCUCAGCUCAGAGCAGCAGGCAGCGCCAGUAGUGCAGUUGGCGUGCGCUGGCGUUCGGAUCGGAUUGGUGCGGGAGCAGCGGGUCCCCGGCCAAGCUCUCGGCAGCGGCGGCGAAUUAAACUGAGUUCACCUGACGGGGAUCGCAUCGGAGGGAGCCGAGCAGAGGCCGUGGGGAGCCGCGCCGCCGAACUUUUUGGGGAUGGGGGGCUGUUGUGA